AUGUGCCUUUUGCAUGUUACUCGCUUGCAGCUUCAGUCCCGCCCUUCUCUGAUUGAAUGGAUCUUCCAUGUGGCAGAAGACCUGGGCCUAAGCAAGAGAGCUGUUCAUCUGGCCAUAUAUCUAUUAGAUCACUUCAUGGAUCGACAUAAUAUUAAACCAUCGCACCUUCAGCUUGUGGCCUUGGGAUGCAUCCUUGUGGCAGUGAAAUAUGAGCAUGGGGAUGUAUGCUCCUUUGGAACCAUGAAUGACUAUGCCACUGAGAAAUACCCACUGAAGGACAUCAAGCACAUGGAACUCCUCAUCUUGACAUUCUUUGAAUGGGAUCUGACUAUGCCAACAAUAGCUGAAUUUGCUGAAUUGUUCAUGAGAUCUGCUGUUACCAUUGGUGAUCUGUUGCAUGGAAAGAAGAUCUCUUGCAUGGUUGUGACACAGAGAGCUCUUUUGGAUCGCUUCUCAUUCUUCUUAACUGCAAGCCUUGAGGAUGUUCGAUACCUGGAUGCCCCACCAUCUGUAGUAGCAAGUGCCUGCUUGGCUUGUUCUCGGCAGACUCUUGGAAUCACACCCUUAUGGCCAAUGCGGAUGAGGAUGCUGACACGGCAUACCUCUAAUGAUAUCCGCCCUUUUGUCCUCAUUCUACUCCAGUCCCUACACUCUAGUAAUCCUUCUCCUGACACAGGCUAUGGAUCAGAUGGCUUGGACUGAUCAAUGGCAUUGUUAGCUAAAUUCUGUUCUGCAGAAUUAACUAAAUGUGAUUUGGUGGUGGUAUCAUUGGGUUUCCUUUUGUUCCUUUUUGUCAUUCUUGUAUGAUGAUUGUAUUGUAUGAUGAUACCUUUAAUUCCCUUUGUUGAAGAUAUUAUGGUGCCCCCUUCUCUUCCUUACCUAUGUCAUGUCUGUUGUAUAAAUGUAUUUCUUGUAUUUUUGUUAGAUGUGAGUUACCAUCCAUGUGCAUUCUCUGUGAUUCAGUAGUCUUUGGUAAGAUUCAUUACCAGUGUCAAGAUUGAUGAUGAUAACUGUCCUGGC